AUGGAGGCGGCGCCGAUUUCGCAUCAUUCCUGCCCCGAAAGCCGACGCUUCACGAACCGCUCUUCAUGCACAGAUGUUUCCGCUGAGCAGCUUUGGAGCAGCACAUGUCAGCGGUUGCUUCUGCAGCUGCAGCAGCUGCAGUCGUUGGCCAGGCCAACACCUGGCAACCUGACCUUGCCCUCGGACAUCCAGAGGUUGACGAGCGAGAUGCAGGACGGUUUGGCCCAAGCGAGAGAUGGGUGCGGAGAUCCUUCAGCCAGCAAAUAUCUGGCUUUGGGAAGCCGUGACGUGUUGGAGUCGUUGGGUACGGCAAAGCGGCGCUGUGAGAACCUGAAUCGCGAACUUGUGAGACAGGCACAAAGCCAUGAGGAGCUUGUCGGAGGAGUCGCUGCCGUCAAGGAUGCAAACAAGCGUCUACUGGAACAGACGCAGUUCCAGAGAGAUGAGCUCGAGACCAUCGCACAGCAAGGUGUUGCAGACGAACAGCGACUGCAAAUCUCUGCUGCAAAGCAUGCGAACGACUACAGCUCCUGCCAGACUGAAUCAAGCCGGCACCUGGCGGCAGCCCGCUCCAUGGCCGGUCACCGGCUGGCAGCCGCCAGGUUGAAGGCAGCCGACAAGCUCAGGCACUGGCGCAUCCAUGCCCAGAUGAGUGCACAGGAAGCAUCCUCCCUCCGAGCAGAGGCGAUGACGCUCAGGAACGAUGUGCGGGCCUUGCAGGGUGAGCUCAAGGUCCAGUUUGACGAAAUGGCCCCCCGCGUCCUUUCCCACGGUGGCUUUGCAGAGGCUUCUGCACGCCUUUCCAAAGCAGAACAGGCGGUGCAGGCCCUUGCCACGAGUUUAAAGCAUGAGAAGGAGAGCCGCGCUUUGGAGAAUACCACCGCAAGUCACAGGCAAGGUUGCAUGUCUUCCGAGAUUGCCAUCCUACAGGGGCGCUUGGGCCGUGAUCUCAGCCAGCUCGUUUCGCAAUCCCAGGCGAUGGAGCGGAGCACCCUGGCUGACAUCGAGGCUCGGAGCGAGGAGACGGAGAUGCUGAAGAGGCGACUCGAAGAAGAGUCCAAGGUGCAUGCCAGAGGCAAAGAGGACUUGGCCGCACUUCUCGACAAGCAGGCUGAGCUGCAAAUGAAGCUGGUGACGAUAGAGCAAGAGCUGCUAGCAAGGCAGCAGGAGGAAGUCCAGCUCAGAUGCGCAGCCCAGCAGACGGAUGCGGCGCUCGCGGCUGCAACAACUUGUGGCCGGCAUUUGCAGCAGCAGAUUGAAGAGCAGACGGAGGCACUGCAACUCCGCAACGAGGCAGAGGUGGCCUGGUGUCGUGGAGUUUUGGACGGCUCUGCCAGCAAGGAGGCUGCUCUCCGGGAUGGGAAGGCGGAAGACGCUCGAAGUAGAGCUCAGGCUUGGGAGCUCAAGGUUCGAGAAGAGGAGGAGGUGCUGCAGGGCCUUGACGCACAAAAUCUGGAGGCGGCAAGAGAGUGCGAAGAACUCGCUCGCGAAGUUUCUGACUUGCGGGCGCGGCAGGCUGCAGUUCAGGAACAGCGCCGCCGGCAGGAGGAUCGGCUUGCGGAUGACCGUCGUGAAGCGGUCCUUGAACACGCCAAGGUACAGGCUGCAUGCGAACAGCUCGUGGCACAGAUCGCCGUGCUCGAGGCGGAGUUGCAGAGGUCUGAGGACGGCAACCUGCAAAGGCGCCGCGCGGCAACCGAUGCAGAGGUCCGCACAGCAGCGCGCGCGAGUUCUGCAGACAGUGAGCUGAAUGCGGCGAAGGCUGAGCUUGCGGACCUGAAGAAGCGGUGGCGGCAGGCCGUCGAACUUCGAAGCAAAAUGCUGGCAGAGGUCGGUAGUCUCAAGCAGCAGAUGGGCAAGCUGGAGGCCGAGCUGGGCAGCGAGAUCGCAGGACGGCACAGCGUCUUGAAAGAAGAGAAUUCGAAGUUGAGGUCUAGGCUGACGCAGGAGAAGGAGAACGGAGAGCUGGUGCGUGCCGAGCUGCAGCAAGUGAAGAUGCAGACAGUGGAGCGGUUGCGGAAGGCGCAGGACGAGCAUGGCCGAAAGCUGGCGUUGACGCACCAGGCCAAGGUGAAGGCCGAGGGGACGCGGCGAGCGGACCUGAAGACCACAAGCGAGGCCGUGGCAGCACAGCAGCGCCACAUCCAGGCCUUGGAGAAGGAGCUCCAGAGCUUAAGGCACCGGCUUGAUGAGCACGACUGCGGCCUCUCCCGCAUCCGAGAGGAGCUGGCAUUCGAGGAGAGCAACCCUAUCGCACAGGCCAAAGAAGAGGUCCUUGCCAUCCAGGAUUCAGUGCUCAAGGCAGCGGACGAAGAUGCCACCUUGUCACAGCAAUUGGAGGAGCGCGUGCUUUACCCGAGCAGACUUCUCGGCAGCGACCCAGGUGCGAACUUGCGUCGGGCGGACCUGCAUGCUCGUGGUGUUUCAUCAAGCCCGGGCAGGACCUACAGCUUUCAGGACCUGCACAGUCGGAUUGAGAGCCAUCUGGACAAUCUUCAGCGCCACAACGAGGAGUCACGCAGCGGGCUGCGAGGUGCCUCCAGUACGCUUUGUGAGCCAACCACUGUUUAUCCGUCGUAG